GGUUCCGGUGGGGCGCGGAACUCGGAGAGGCCGGCUGGGCCCUAGGCUGCGCGAUGCCCCUGCACAAGUUCCCGGUCGGCCUGUGGAAGCGGCUCCGGCUGCGGGAGGGUAUCUGCUCCCGGCUUCCGCAGCACUACCUGCGCUCCUUGGAGGAGGUGCGAACACCCACUCCUGUGCACUACAGGCCGCACGGGGUUAAGUUCAAGAUCAACCCCAAGAAUGGGCAGCGGGAGCGUGUGGAGGAUGUACCCAUUCCCAUCUACUACCCCCCAGAAUCCCAGCUGGGGCUCUGGGGCGGGGAGGGCUGGAUCUCCGGCUACAGAUACGUCAACAACGACAAGCUCUCAAAGCGGGUGAAGAAGGUGUGGAAGCCACAGCUGUUUCAGCGUGAGCUGUACAGCGAGAUCCUGGACAGGAAGUUCACCGUGACCGUGACGCGGCGGACCCUGGACCUCAUCGAUGAGGCCUACGGGUUUGACUUCUACAUCCUCAAGACUCCCAAGGAGGACCUGUGCUCCAAGUUUGGGAUGGACCUGAAGCGAGGGAUGCUGCUGCGGCUGGCGCGACAGGACCCCCAGCUGCACCCGGAGGACCCCAAGAAGAGGGCCGCCAUCUACGACAAGUACAAGGAGUUUGUCAUCCCGGAGGCAGAAGCUGAGUGGGUUGGCCUGACGCUGGAUGAGGCCGUGGAGAAGCAGAGGCUCCUGGAGGAGAAGGCCCCGACGCCUCUGUUCAAGGUCUACGUGGAGCAGCUGCUUGAGCGGCUGCGGCAGCGGGCUCUGGCUGAGCCCGCGGUCGUGCGGAAGAAAGCCAGCAGGACGUGA